UUUGGCCACCUCCUCAAACCCACUCCUAUCUUUAACAAAUCCGUAUGACGGCAAUUGCAGACGUGGAAGUUGAGGAGUUAUACGCGCGUUCGCCCUCACCGUAGACCAACCGACAACCAUCAGUCAUGUCAAAAACAUCAGAACCAGCCAGCUAUACCCAGUUCGCGUGCGUGGGCACCGGGUUCUCGGCCAUUGCACUCGGGGCAACGCUGAAGAGAUGGCACGGCAUCGGUGACAUUCGGUUCUUCGAGCGACACAGCGAGCUCGGGGGAACCUGGUUCAUCAACCAAUACCCCGGAUGCGCGUGUGACGUCCCCAGCGCAUUGUAUAGUUUUUCCUUCGAGCCCAACCCUGACUGGAGUCGGGUCCUGUCCCCUCAAGCGGAGAUAUGGCAGUAUCUUUACGACGUUGCAGAGAAGUACUCGCUCACCGACAAGAUGCGCUUCGGGGUCAAUGUCGAACGAUGCGAAUGGUCUGAAGAGAACAAACGAUGGCGCAUGACGAUCCGGCAAUACGAUACUGACAACAUCUUCUACCACGAUUGUCAAUUUCUCUUUGCGGCCACUGGACAGCUGAUGCAACCUCAGGAGAUCGACGUGCCUGGAGCGAGCAACUUCAAGGGCCGCAUAUUCCACUCGUCCCGGUGGGACAAGGAUGUAGAUAUCGAGGGUAAGCGGGUGAUAGUGUUCGGCAACGGAUGCACCGCCUCGCAGAUUGUGCCCGCGAUUGUCUCCAAGACCAAGCACUUGACGCAAGCCAUCCGUUCAAAGCAAUGGAUCCUGCCACCUGUCGAUUCCGAGAACACAGCCAUUUUGAAACACUUUUUCAGAUACAUCCCAGGAACGAUAUCAUUGCAGCGGUUUCUGUGUUAUGCGAACGCAGAGGAUGCUCUCCGAGGGUUCUACAUGACAAAGGCUGGCAACAAGUAUCGUCAAAGGGUGAGGGCUAAAGCUGAGAAAUACAUGAGGGAGACGGCGCCUGCAAAAUAUCACGACAAGUUGAUUCCCGAUUUCGAACUCGGAUGCAAGCGGCGCAUAUUUGAUGCCGGCUACCUUCAAAGCCUGCAUUCGGAGAACCUCACUCUGUUAGACGAGCCGGUACAAGAGAUCAUGCCGGAUGGUAUCCGUACACAGAACGGGAUCGUAGAGGCGGAUGUCAUUGUUAUGGCCAACGGUUUUGUGACGAACAAUCCUGUGGGGGGGUUAGACGUCGUUGGUCGAGGAGGAGAAACAAUUGAUCAGCACUGGGAGUCCUUCGGGGGCCCAGAAGCUUACAAUUGUACCAUUGCGAACGGCUUUCCCAACUUCUUCAUCCUCCUCGGACCCAACUCACUCACGGGGCAUAACUCUGCCAUCAUCGCAGCUGAGAACUCCGUCAACUAUGCUCUCCGUAUCAUCGAGCCGCUCCUUGAUGGUAAAGGCACAGCUGUCGAAGUUACCCGGCAAGCAGAGCAGCGAUACGUCGACCGGAUGCAAAGAGACAUGGAGAAUACUGUCUGGGUCACCGGAUGCACCAACUGGUACUUGAAAGAUACCAAGGACGGCAAGAAGUGGAAUGGAGUAACCUAUCCUUAUUCCCAGGCAUACUUCUGGUACCGCUGCUUGUUCCCCAACUUCAGAGACCUUCAAAUCAGCGGGCCAACCCACCGAGGGCGAAGAAGGCGAACCUUCCCAAAAGUUGCCUUGGCAACCUUCGUGGGAUACAUCUUGUCCAUUCUUUUUGGACUGAGUCGUAACCCGGUGGCUGGUACCCGCUACUGGCGGCGAUUGAGGGUGGGACUGCAAAUGCUGUGGAAUGUUUUCAUCGAGAAAUUGACCAAGAGACUGAAGUAGUGUACAGUGUAAUUGUCGGAGGAUCGUCGCUGUACCUUUUGCGCCGGGAUUCGUACCAAAGAAGCCCUUCCGAUGCGUCUGGUAUUGCAACAACCUCUUAUAGGUGCAGCAGACUAGAGGUGAAUUAAUAUCCUCAGAACUAAUAGUCUAUGUAUUUGUGCGGACUACGAUCAUAUCGCCCUGAAUAUCCAAGUUGAUGACACACAUUAUUAAUGCAUUAAGG